GCGUCACCUGCUGUUAUGCAGACAGCUGACACUAUAAGAGCACCCUUCCUCGUGUUGUCUGUCAUCAAAUAUGAAUUUUCUUAAAAGCUCACUGGGUGCGGAGGCUAUUGGCAAAUUAGCUGGAGACAAAGUAGAAGACAUUGUGGAAGAUGCUAUGAAUAAGGUGAUGGGAGGAGGAGGAGGAAAAGGAGAGCAGGACCAAAAUGACAAUAACGGACUGGACCUGGGAUCCCUAGUUGGAGGCAAUGGCAAUGACAACAAGGGGGGACUUGGAAACGUCAUGUCGCUCAUGGGCGGCGGAAAGGACGAAAGCGGAGGAGGAGGAGGGAUUGGGAACGUCGUCGGAAAAUUGUUUGACUAGAACUCGGCAGGCGUCCUCCUCAGUCAACUGAAGCUUCACAUCCUAAAGCUUCCGGCUGAAAACAAGUGCCCGAUUCAACCUUUGACCCUGUUUUUCCUUAAUUGGCUUACGUUGACAGAAAAUGCUGUCGAGCACUCAACUGAGAAUGUAUCAUUAAACCAUCAUCUGAAAUAAAUGAUUCCAAUACUA